AUGCCGAUUGAUAUGACACCUGGUGUGGCAAGUGACGAUUUGGCCGAACGUCGAACUGUGAUCAAGAACAAAAUCUUGGCAGUCGGUCGCAUGUCCCGUGUUUUCCAUGUGCUGCGCGAAGAGGCAGAGCGCGUUUCUGAGCUUAAAAUUGCUUCUGGCACUGGUCGGCUUCCCUAUGGCACAUUGGCUCUUGGAUCAGAAGGCAUCAAGCAAGCCAUUCACAACUUUGACGAGGCUCGAAAGGUGGAUAUUGAAAACGAACGCUUGCCGCCGUCCCUCGUCGCGGCCGACCAGACCGACGAGACACCAAUGAUGCCUGCUCCUGCUUUAGUGGACAGUCUGCCAUCCCAGAUGGCGCGGCCUAUUCUCCCUCUGGAGACCGACAAGGCCACACUGGCCACGAAUGGCUUUGCUGCAGAUGCCGAGGCGCUAGUGACGCGCGUUCAGACACGCCUGGAAAUGUAUCAACACACCCAUGGACGUUCCAUGCCACUUCAUUCGAUUGCGCGCAUGCUUUCCACCAUCCUAUACAGCAAGCGCUUCUUCCCUUAUUAUGUGUACAACAUAUUGGGGGGUAUUGAUGAAGAGGGCCGUGGCGCUGUCUACAGUUAUGACCCUGUCGGAAGCUACGAGCGCAUCGUCUGCAGCGCCAGUGGCACUGCCCAAGGCCUGAUGCAGCCGUUUUUGGACAAUCAAGUCAUGUUCAAAAAUCUCAACGCCCCGGAUGGGUCGCCAAUCCCCGAGCCUGGGCAUCUACCUCUCGACCAAACACUCCGGAUUGUUAUGGACUCUUUUACGUCUGCCACCGAGCGCCAUAUCGAGGUUGGCGAUGGUCUAGAGAUCUAUGUCGUGCGCGCUAUUCAAUCCACUGCUGAAAAUGCUCCUUCGAUGGGCACGAGCACUGCCGACUUCCCGCUCGCCGAGCAUGGGGCUGUCGAGGCUUUGGGCGGUGAAGACGCUCACACACCAGGAGCCUGCAUGGUGAUCCGGCGUCAGCUCAAGAAAGACUAG